UUAAAAACUGUAAAUAUGAUAUUUUCAGGGUUCAUUUUUCUGCUACCUGCAGCGGGGGCAGUCGGUGGUGUACUAGCGGCCGCAGGUGUUCCAUCGCUUCUGGGGUUUGGUGCAACCGGUAUUGCUGCUGGAACCGCAGCAGCUGGGAUGAUGUCCGCCUCAGCGAUAGCUAGUGGAGGAGGAGUAGUAGCGGGCGGCGUGGUUGCUACAAUGCAGUCAAUCGGAGCUGCAGGGUUGACUGCAGGGAUGGCUGCCACAGCUGCAACAGUUGGUGGUUGUGCAGGAGCUGCCGCCAAUAGAUUUCUAGAUGACGAAAGAUAAAUCGAGCAUGCUUAUACAAUCAUUAGACAUUGUAGCCAUAACGCUCAUCAUUAAAAGCUUAAUUGGACAUAAAAUUAUUCUGCUAUUUCUUUUUUUUAAAAAUAUAAACAGUUGUGGUGCUCUGAUUGGCUGAUGCUACAGAUUUUUAAUUUUGUUUUCUGUGCAGAAAAGCAGCUUUUUAAAAGAAAGCAGCUUAUUAAAUUACUGUAGUAUCUUUUAAUUAAAAAUUAUAAUUUUAAACUUAAAAAUUAAAGUUCCCCUAUCUUAUACUUGCAUAUAGACCAUAAAAUCUGGUAUUCAACUUAGGGAUUCUUGCAUUAAAACGUAUGUAAACUGAAACAUU